UUGAAGUUUCAAAAUCAAAAUGUUCUUCAAAAAAGUUUUGUACAAACGAUUUAUUUUAAAUAGGUGUUGGAGCGUUUUAAGGUAUCAGCGAUGUUAUUCUGGCGAUUUUCGAAUAGAAAAAGACACUAUGGGUGAGCUUAAAGUUCCUGCUGAUAAAUACUAUGGGUGUCAAACGAUGAGAUCUGUAUUGAAUUUUCCGAUCGGUGGUAAUGCGGAAAGAAUGCCUCCACAAGUUAUUAGAGCAAUGGGUAUUUUAAAAAAAGCUGCGGCUAUUGUUAAUAAGGAGUUUGGUUUAGAUGUGAAAAUAGCUGACGCGAUUUCCGAUGUUUGCGAUGAGGUUAUAUGUGGUGAAUUAUAUGAAAAACAUUUUCCUUUAGUUAUUUGGCAAACGGGAUCUGGUACACAAACAAACAUGAAUACUAAUGAGGUAAUUAGUAACAGAGCUAUUGAGAAGAUGGGUGGUAAACUCGGAUCUAAAACUCCUGUACACCCAAAUGACCACGUUAAUAAAAGCCAAAGUAGCAAUGAUACUUUUCCAGCAGCUAUGCAUAUCGCGGUCGCUGAAGAAUUAAAUCAUUGCACUUUACCGGGGUUAGAGGCUUUAAGAAGCGCUUUACAAACAAAAGCUUGUGAAUUUGAUAAGAUUAUUAAAAUAGGUCGUACUCAUCUAAUGGACGCAGUUCCUUUGACAUUAGGACAAGAAUUUAGCGGUUAUACUCAACAAGUAGCUUACGGAGUUGAUAGAAUAGAAAGUUCUUUACCAAGAUUAUACGAAUUAGCUUUAGGAGGGACCGCCGUUGGAACUGGUUUAAAUACUAGGAAAGGAUUUGCGGAAAAAUCUGCCGCUGUUAUUGCUCAACUAACAGGUUUACCAUUCGUAACAGCCCAAAACAAAUUCGAAGCUUUAGCCGCCCACGAUUCAAUGGUAGAAGUUUCAGGACAACUGAAUACAAUCGCCUGUUCACUGAUGAAAAUCGCAAACGACAUACGUUUCUUGGGUUCCGGCCCACGAUGCGGCCUUGGCGAAUUAUCUUUACCGGAGAACGAACCGGGUAGCAGUAUCAUGCCGGGAAAGGUAAAUCCAACACAAUGCGAAGCCAUCACGAUGGUUUGCGCCCAAGUUAUUGGUAACCACGUGGCAUGUACCGUCGGUGGUGCGACGGGACAUUUCGAAUUGAACGUUUUUAAACCGGUAAUUGUAUCGAACGUGUUACGGUCGGCGAAACUGAUUGGGGAUAGUUGUAUGGCUUUUACAAAGAAUUGCGUGUGUGGAAUCAAGGCUAAUACGGAGGCGAUUAAAACGAUUAUGGAGAGGAGUCUUAUGUUGGUCACAGCACUUAAUCCACACGUCGGUUACGACAAGGCUGCUGAAAUCGCGAAGACGGCCCAUAAAGAUGGGAGUACUUUGAAGGAAGCUGCCAUUAAACUUGGACAUCUCAAUGAGCAGCAAUUUGCUGAGUGGGUUAAACCUGAGCAAAUGUUGGGACCUAAAUAAUGUAUUUUAUGCUUAUUUAGAGUGUAUGUUUAUCUACUUUAUAAAUAAAAUCAAAUAUUUUACGAUUU